AUGUAUAAUUUCUUAGCUAAUACUUUAUUUAAAAUGAAUAGAUUCGAAGAAGCUUUGGAAAAUUUUGAUACAGCUAUUUCUAAUAACCCAGAAAACUCUAACUUUUUUCACAACAAAGCCGUUACUUUAUAUAAAAUGGAUAGAUUCGAAGAAGCUUUGUUAAAUUAUGAUUUGGCAAUUUAAAAAUACCCAGAAAAUUCAAGACAUUAUAAUGGAAAAGCUGUUACUUUAUAAAAAAUGGAUAGAUUCAAAGAAGCUUUAUAAAAUUAUGAUUUAGCAAUCUCAAACAAUCCAGAAGACUCCAUUUUUGUCCAUAACAAAGCCGUUGCUUUAUUUGAAUUGAAUAGAUUCGAAGAAGCUUUGGAAAAUUUUGAUUCAGCAACUUAGAAAAGCCCAGAAGAUUAUAACUUUGUCCACAACAAAGCCAUUACUUUAUAUAAAAUGAAUAGAUUGAACGAAGCUUUGGAAAGUUUUGAUUCAGCAAUUUAAAAGAACCCAGAAGAUUCAAUGAAUUAUAACGGAAAAGCUCAUACUUUAUAUAAACUGAAUAGAUUCGAUGAGGCUUUGGAAAAUUAUGAUUCAGCAAUUUAAUCAAAUCCAAAAAUUUCUGAGUUUUACUACAACAAAGCUAAUACGUUAAAAAGUAUGAAUAGGUUAUAAGAAGCUUUGGAAAAUUUUGAUUCAGCUAUUUAGAUAUAACCAGACGAUUCAAGAUAUUAUAAUGCCAAGGCGGAUACAUUAUAUAUUAUGAAUCGAUUAGUUGAAGCAUUGGAAAAUUUUGAUUAAGCAAUUUAGAAAAACCCAAUGCUUUGUUAUCAUUACAGCAAUAAAACUGAAGUUUUAUUCACAAUGCGAAGAAUUGAAGAAGCUAUGAUAUAUUGUAAUUCAGCAAUACAUGCAAAAAAUUUACACUCAACUAUAUUGAAUAAUAGUAUCCACUAAAAGGAUACAAAUGAGGAAGCUUUGGAAUAUCACGAUUUUGAGAUUCAAAAAAAUCCAGAAAAUUCUAAGUAUUAUUAUAACAAAGGUAUAAUUACAUCUAAUGUUGUAGCCAACACAUUAGUCAAAAUGAAUCGAUUAGAGGAAGCGUUAGAAUAUUAUGAUUUAGCCAUCUUGAAAAACCCAGGAGGUUCUAGGUAUCACAAUAGUAAAGGUGAUACCUUAGAUAAAUUGAAUAGAUUUGAGGAAGCAUUAAGAUAUUAUGAUUCAGCUAUAAAUAUUAACUCUAAUUAUUCGCUCUAUUACUUUAACAAAGCUAUUACUUUAAUAAAAUUGAAUAGAUUUGAAGAAGCAUUGAAAUUUCAUGAUGUAGCAAUUUAAAAAGAUCCUGAAUAUUCAAGUUAUUACAAUAGUAAAGCUCUUACCUUAAUCAAAUUGAAUAGAUUUAAAGAAGCAUCAGAAUGCUAUGAUUUGUGGAAAUAACUAAUGACACAUAAAGCCAUUAAUUGA